AUGAGCUCCUCGGAAGAGAACUUCGACCUUGACGUCUCGGGCUCGGAGUCUGACGGCUACGCGCCUGCGCCCAAGAAGAAGGCACCUGCGAAGAAACCCGUGUCUAAGGCUGCACCGAAGGCUGCUACGAAACCCAAGGUGACGAAGAAGACCAAGGUGCUCCUAGACAAGAACGACAACGCAGACAGUGAUGAAGACGAAGACCCGAUGGACGAGGACCCUGCCUCCGCUGUGGCACCCCUGGCAGGACCUUCGGCGCCCACGAACGGGAAGAAGAAGACAGCAUCGGAAAUGUACACCAAGCUCUCGCAACUUGAGCAUAUCCUGAAGCGUCCCGAUUCGUACAUCGGGAGCGUCGAAACUAUCACGCAGAUGAUGUGGACAUGGGACUCGGAGAACAAGCGGAUGGUGCACCGCGAAAUCAAAUACGUACCCGGGUUCUUCAAGAUUGUAGACGAAAUUCUGGUCAACGCAGCGGAUAACAAGAUCAACGACGCGUCCAUGGACACAAUCAAGGUCAAUAUCGACGUUGAGAACAACACAAUCACAGUGUACAACAACGGACGCGGUAUCCCCAUUGAGAUGCACAAGAAAGAGAAGAUCUACAUUCCCGAACUCAUCUUCGGCCACUUACUUUCGUCUUCGAACUACGAUGACGACGAGAAGAAGCUCACGGGUGGUCGUAACGGAUACGGCGCCAAGCUCGCGAACAUCUACUCCACAGAAUUCACCGUCGACACCGCCGACAAGAACACCAGCCAGAAGUACUCCCAGACAUGGACAGAAAACAUGAGCAAGAUAGGGAAGGCGAAGAUCACGAAGAACGGGCGUGGGGAGGAGUACACGCGGGUCACGUUCAAGCCAGACCUGAAGCGGUUCGGGAUGGACUCCAUCGACGAAGACACGGUCUCGCUGCUCAAGAAGCGCGUGCACGAUCUUGCGGGCACGACCAAGGACGUGAAGGUGUUCCUAAAUGACGAGCGGCUGAAGAUCAAGAACUUCAAGCAAUACGUCGAGCUCUUCAUCAAUUCCGCUGCACAGGAAGCGGCGGACGUCUCGGGAGGCGCCGCGCAGGUCAAGCCGAGCAUCAUCUACGAGCCGAUAGGGACGCGCUGGGAGGUGGCGUUCGCGGUCUCGGACGGGUCCUUCCAACAGGUCUCGUUCGCUAACUCCAUCUCGACGUCGAAGGGUGGAACACACGUCAACUACAUGGCCGACCAGAUUGCGAAGGCUCUCAUCACCUCCAUUUCGAAGAAGAACAAGGCUGCGACGAUCAAGCCCGCGCAGAUCAAGAACCACAUGUGGAUAUUUGUGAACGCGCUCAUCGAGAACCCGACCUUCGACAGUCAGACGAAGGAGACACUGACACUCCCUGCGAGCAAGUUCGGUACUCGCCCUACACUGUCGGAAGACUUCAUGAAGAAGGUCGCCAAGUCCUCCAUCGUCGACCACGUCCUGAACUGGGCUAAGUUCAAGGCUGAUCAGCAGCUGAAGAAGACGGAUGGCAACCGCCGUACGAGAUUGACCGGCAUGACGAAACUGUCAGACGCGAACAACGCGGGCACGCGUAAAGCUGGGGAUUGUACUCUCAUCCUCACUGAGGGUGAUUCCGCUAGGGCGUUGGCUAUCGCCGGUCUCGGUGUCGUCGGUCGCGACAACUUCGGUGUCUUCCCGCUCCGUGGAAAGCUGCUGAACGUCCGUGAUGCGAAGCAUGACCAGAUUAUGAAGAACGAGGAGAUUCAGAACAUCAAGAAGAUCAUGGGCUUGCAGCACAACAAAGAGUACACGGACGUGAACAGCCUGCGUUACGGACGUCUGAUGCUCAUGACGGAUCAGGAUCAUGAUGGUUCGCAUAUCAAGGGCCUUCUCAUCAACUACCUCGACCACUUCUACCCCUCGCUCCUGAAGCUGCCUAAGUUCCUCGUCGAGUUCAUCACGCCUGUCGUUCGAGUAUGGAAGGGCAAGACCAUCAUCAACUUCUACACAAUUCCGGAGUACGAGAUGUGGCUAGAAGACACGCCCGAUUCGCACAAGUGGGAGCACAAGUACUACAAGGGUCUUGGUACGAGCAAAGACGAGGAUGCCCGUGACUACUUCAGGGACAUGAAGCGCCACAUGAUCCCGUUCUCCACUCAGCAGGAUGGUGACCGCGAGCUCAUCGAGCUAGCGUUCAGCAAGAAGAAGGCAGACGACCGGAAGGAGUGGCUCCGCCAGUUCAAGCCUGGCACCUACCUCGAUCAUACCCAGCGCGAGAUCCCUCUGAAGGACUUCAUCAACCGCGAGCUCAUUCUUUUCUCAAUGGCGGACAACAUCCGUUCCAUUCCUUCUGUGGCAGACGGCUUGAAGCCUGGUCAGCGGAAGGUCAUCUGGUCUUGCUUCAAGCGCAACCUGAAGAGGGAAAUCAAGGUUGCCCAACUCGUCGGAUACGUUUCCGAGACUUCAGCCUACCACCACGGCGAAGCAAGUUUGAUGGCCACCAUUAUCAACCUGGCACAGGACUACGUCGGGAGCAACAACAUGAACUUGCUUUUGCCAAACGGUCAAUUCGGUACGCGUGAUCAAGGCGGUAAGGACCACGCCGCGGCUCGUUACAUCUACACCGAGCUGGCGCCGGUCAUCCGCACUGUAAUGCACCCCGCAGACGAUGCGGUUCUGUCGUACCAGCAGGACGACGGUAGGUCGGUGGAGCCCGAGUGGUACAUGCCCGUUAUCCCCCUUGUCUUGGUCAACGGCGCUGAGGGUAUUGGCACUGGCUGGAGUACUUCCGUCCCUAGCUUCAACCCUGAAGACAUCGUCGCGAACCUCCGCCGUCUCAUGAACGGGGAGGAGCAGGUUCCCAUGCUCCCGUGGUGGCGCGGCUUCUCGGGCGCGAUCAAGAAGACCGGCGACAACAAGUACGACGUCCUGGGCACGAUCACCAAGGUCGACGACUCAACCAUCGAGAUCACCGAGCUGCCCAUCCACAAGUGGACGCAGACGUUCAAGGCCGAGCUCGAGGUGAUGUGCGGCGAGAAGGGCGACGGACCCGUUAAGGACUACAAAGAGUACCACAACAACAUGAACGUCCACUUCGUGGUCACGAUGACCGAGAAGGGCAUGGAGCAGGCGGAGAAGCAGGGCUUCCACGAGUUCUUCAAGCUGACGACGAAGGUCAGCACCGCGAACAUGGUUUGCUUCGACUUCGACAGCAAGAUCAAGAAGUACAGUGCGGCGGAGGAGAUCAUUGAGGACUUCUACCCGCGUCGUCUGGCGUACUACCAGAAGCGCAAGGACUUCUUGGCGAACGAGCUCCAAACGCAGCUUGAUCGCCUGAACAACCAGGCACGCUUCGUCAAGAUGAUCAUCGACAAGGAGCUCAUCGUCAACAACCGCAAGAAGGCGGACAUCGUGGCCGAGCUCCGCAAGAAGCAGUUCCGCCCCUUCCCGAAGGUGGCCAAGGCCAAGGUUCACGGCGAGAUCGAGGACGUUGUCGAGGACGAGGAUGGUAGCGACUUCGAGGGCAAUGUCACCGACUACGACUACCUCUUGGGCAUGGCUAUCUGGAGCUUGACGAAAGAGAAGAUCGACAAGCUGCUCCAGCAAGCCAAGGAGAAGGAGACUGAGUUGCUGACGCUGCUCGAGCUCACGCCCAUCCAGAUCUGGCAGACGGAUCUCGACGCUUUCCUCGACCAGUGGAAGACAACGUGCAUCGACUGGGAGGCCAAGCUUUGCGCCGCCGAGGGUGAUGGUGCCGCAAAGAAGGGCAAGAAGAAGGCCGGGAAGCUCCCCUUUGCGGCACCCAAGAAGACGAAGGCGGAAGAGGACGACGACUUCAAGCCCGGCAAGGCUACUGCGAAAGCGAGAAAGGCGUCCGAGACGAAGAAGCCCACAACUGCCGUUCCUUCUGGCUCGAACGUCGCUCUGAAGAAGGGCGACGACGACGACGAUGAUGUGGUCCCGCCCCCUCCACCGAAGAAGCGUGCUGCUCCAGCCAAAAAGGUCGUCACCAAGAUUGAGUCGGACUCAGAUUUGGAGAUGGUCGAUGAGCCACCGCCGAAGCCUGCAGCCAAGAGGAAGGCGCCAGUGAAGGCUGAGUCUGAUUCCGAGUUCGAGACACCGUCGUCCGCAAAGGGCAAGGGGAAAGCGAAGGCGAAGAAUGGUUCUGCUACCAAGCGGAAGAGCCUGGACGCGGAGAUCGACGAUAGCGAUGACGAGCUAUCGAUGAAGCCCCCGCCAAAGAAGAAGAAGGCAUCGCAGUCCCCGCCAGACGACGAUGACGACGAGGUCAUGGAGGUCUCCGCACCGGCCAAGAACGGCAAGCAGGCCGCGAUGACCGACUUCUUCGGCAAGGCGGGUCCAGCCGCAGCUGCUGCGAAGAAGCCCACGGCUCGCAAGGUGUCGACGAGCAGUCAGGCCGCGAAGAGCAAGGCCGCACCGCCAGUGAAGAGGGCUGCAGCGAAGAAGACGAUCGCUUCGGAUAACGACUUCUCGGACGACGAGGUCGUGCCCGCGCCUCCGAAGCCACGAGCCGAGGCGCCUAAACGCGCGACGAGGGGCGUGGUGUCGAAGUAUGUCGAGAUCACGUCCGGGGACGAGGACGAUGGGGGCUCGAAUUUCGAAGACUUUGACUAG